UGAUUACGUAGUUUAUCUAUGUGCAAUCAUGCACGUAAUUUCACUACAUGUGCUUUUCGAUAUGUAUUAAACCAGUGACUGUGUGAACCGACUCUAGUGUCAACUUAUACUUAAAUAACGGAUUCAACAUUUUCUAACAUUUUGAUAGUCCGUUAAGUUUCAUUAAGCGGCUACCAUGAUUUUGAUGUCGAUUUCAAAUUCGUGUUUACCACUGGAAAAGACGACCUCGCAGUAGAGAAAGACUUCGAUUGCAAAGCUGAAACUUUCACGGCAGAAGCCCGCUGCACCACAUUGCGCUUUUGCGGUAUUUGUCUACCUUUGGUGACGUGAUUCAACGCUGGCCAAAAAUAACACCUUUUCAUUGGCUGGCUAUCGUGCGUCAGCCUCACUGAAACAUACGUCGAGGAUACACACGGAAGGAUGCAAAAGGUGCAUCCACCCGGGUCUGUGGAGGAGGAUCAUAGCGGGUCUGUUGAGGGUUGAUGAACUGUACUUUGCCCACAAGGCUUCGUUAUAAAAGAACCUGAGCUUGACAUUUAAAUGGUGGAUUCUUUCUUUUCAAACCAUGGUGGGGUUGUUUUCGUAGAAUAAGUAGUAUGCUGUUCCACAAUCAAUUACUGGCAGUGAGUAUGCAGUGUUUAUUUAUUCAUUAGAACUAUAAUAGCUAAGUCCAUUGCGCUUUUAAAAGAAUGGGGAUUUAUGGGUUUUAAUGGAGAACAUACUAAGCAUGCUCACAACGCCAUGUUUUUUAUUAAAAAACAUUCUCAUGGUUUCUUUACCGAUAGGACUCAAACCACUGCGUUUUUGACGGUUGUAUUGGCAAUACAACUGUUUAGGAAAUGUAUACAGGGCGGAUAUCCUUAUAUAAAGCGUGCCUUAGGAAGACAAAAAAAGCACAAAAUGUCUGCACACCACAAGAUGUUUGUAGAAAAGACAUUUAUUGAUGAUUACCAAACACUCAUCGAUAUUUUAUGAGUCUAACCGAUUUUGAUUAAGUUAAAGUUAAUUGCAAAAGUCGAUGACUUGUUUUUAGUUUCUUUUAUGUUAGACCAGUGGGGGGUAGACUGCAUGGCGGAACUAUAAUACACAGCGCCUGCGCACAAGACAACAUCCUAUUGGACAAUAUCAACAUUGCCUCUGAUGGUUAUCCUUCCGAAUGAUCCAAGCCAAUCUUCUUGUUUCUGACCUGUUGGCUUUUGCUGGUCUGGACGGUCUGAGCUCUCUUGCCUACUUAGACAAGUCUGUUUUCUAAUAUAUACACGCAAAUUGAAAAGAACUACUCACUGAGAGUGUAAAUCGCGUAUUAAUUACAUGUUGCCACUAUAGCGAGGUACAGCAUUCGCCGCCAUCGAUCACUCUCCAUCUUAGGUGUGCAAGGUGGGGCAGUAUGAAAUUACCAGGUAUUUUAUUCCAUGUUUUCCUUAUAAUAGAUCACACUGUGUUCCUACACUGUGCAUAAGCUGGGUGCACCGACUGCAGUAUAUUGUCAAAGUUAGUAUGGUGUACUUAAGUAUAUCGUCGAAGUUAGUGUCCAAUAUCCCUUCAAACGAACACAUGUUAUUAUAUUAGGAACCAGAAAGUAACAGCAGACUCGCACGUGAUUGGUUAACACUAUAUUACUAGGAUAUCAGCUCAAAGAAAAAAACCUAAUGGCGAACGUUCAAAGGGUGCGAUAUCUUGGAGACCUGCCUUUUAAAUCAGUUCGUUUCGCUUUUGUAGUCCAACAAGGCGGUAAAUCAGAAUCAUGUAAUUUUUGUUUUGCUGUUUUUUGAUUAAUCCAGUAUAUAGCACAUUUCACAUUGAAGCCAUAAGCUAAGUGGUUUAUGUCACUUUUCUCGGCAAAUAUUUCAGUGUAAUAUUAUUGGUGUAAAUAAUUUAUUAUUAUUAAUAUUAUCAUUGAUCGAGUAAUGAACAUUUGAUCUUUUAAAAUUUACAACAUAUAUUGAUGUUUAUCUCAAUUAGAUCUUGAAUGACUCAUCCAGUAUCUUUUCAAAACAGAUUGGUUUGUUUUUAUUAUACCCUUGUCCUACUGUAAUGAGGUAGAAAUUGUUCUUGUUCUCGUUGUUUGUAGUUUGUGUUUAUAUUUUUUCUGAUUAAUUCAGUCAUCCUUGUCUUGCCAAUUCAAUGUGUAUGUGUUAAUUCUAUAGGUUUCAAUUAAAAAGUCCAGUUGUUUUCCUAUAGGUUGUAAGUGCUAUAAGCAUUUUUGCUAGAGAACAGUUUGUAUGAUAAGCAAAUUAUUGUCGAGGUUAAGUGUGAUAUGAAGAACUAUCAGGUGGGCUUUGCUUCUUUUUGACGAAGCUGUAUGUAACAGUAGAUGGACUGAUUUCAAGAUAACCGGAUCGUAUUUUAUGAGUUUUUAAUUUAAGAAAUAGAGGAUAUUAUGUACUUCGAGUAUUGAACGAAAAAAAAAAAAAAAAAACCGGAGUGCUGAAGAGAUUUUCGAUACGAGAAGAAAAAAAAUUCGUAUUGCCAAGCAGAUUUUGUCUUAAAUUACUUUUUUUACUUCCAAUGCACAGAAAAACAACGAAUGUGGUACUUCACUGUGAAAAUAACUUUUCAAAAGAGAGAAAUACAAGUAUUUCAUAGAUAAAUAUAUGAUAAAUGAAUGUAUUUAUUCAUUAUUAAACACACCACGCUUUACGCUGAGAGCAAAAUAAUAUUGUUUCGUUCCUUCCGUGCGGACCAACAAAAAAACUGAUUGAAAGCCCCUAACCAAUCACAACCGAGUAUGUAUUUUCGAUAAAUAAUGAAUUGGGUUUGACUUAUCAUAACAAGUUGAAUUUAUCGGGCAAUGAAACUAAGGCCUUGCUCUUUUUUGAUGUUUAUAAUGUCUUAACUACAGAUCAGUACUAUAGAUUCACUUAUAUGUUAACAAAACUGCCAAGACUCAAGAGUGAUCAUUUUUGGAAAUAUAGCGACGAGAGAAAAGAUUGGCUUUUAGUCGAUUCAUGGAGUGUUCGGUAUAAAUGAAAAACAGUAAAAGAAAUAGUCGGCGACAAUCUGUCCGUUUUUAGGUAUGUAAAGCCAUAACGGAGGACAAUAUUCAUGUUUGACAUGAUAAACGUCAUAGCGAUACAUUAUCUCUACCGAUUCCAGUAUGACGAACUGCACGUGGAAUGCUACAAACUGCAACAACUAUUACAGAGAUGCCGCCAAUCUAUGGUUGAUGUUCUUUAUGUAUAAUCUACCUUUAAUCAUACUUGGUGUGCUAACCAUCUGUGCAAAUGGCAUGAUAUUGAUUGUGUAUAUUCGCACAAGACUGUUAAAAACUGCCACCAAUUUCUUCUUGGUAGCCAUUGCUUUAUCCGAUUUCUUGGCGGGGCUGAUCGGUAUCCCAACAUACAUCGCUUGUAAUGCUACAUAUGGAUACGUCACUCACUUGUGUGAAUCACACGCAACGAUCUUCGUCUUCACAUCAUUGUGCACUAUCAGCUUUAUCGCUGUGAUUACCGCUGACCGAUACAUUGCAAUUUUGUACUCGCUAAGAUACAAUGUAUUGAUGACGAAACAACGAGCCAAGAUAAUCAUCUUAGUUGCCAUGGUGACUGCAUUGAUAUUAUCCGUGCUUCCAUACUUCUGGGUACGCAGUGGAAAACUCCACAAUCCAACAGCCGACCAGAGGCGGGCUGAUAUAAUCUAUACUAUUUGCAUCCUUAUCCCCAUUGUAGCUGCCUUCCCUUUGAUGGUGUACGCCUAUUUUAGGAUUUUCCUGGAAAUACGAAGGCAACAUAAACUAACGCAGGAACACGAGAGGCUGAGGGGUGACGAAAGUAGCACAACAGAGAGAGAGAUCCGCACUGUUUGCGUCUUCGCCGUGAUGAUGAUUGCUUAUGUGUUCUGUUGGACUCCAUUGGCGGUUAUUAGAGUUAAUCUUUUCAUCAGCAAAUCAUUUGGUGUUCUAUCACCGAUACCUAGAUAUAUCCUACAAUCACUUCCUUUCGUGACGUCAUUCAUCAAUCCAUGUUGCUACGGACUGGGAAAGAAAGAUUUUCGACAUGCGUUGUCUCAGUCUUGUAAGUGUGGACGUGUAUCAUCAAAUCAAAGAAGACAUGAUCCCACAAAAAUAACUGUAUGUUGAAUGACACUAUCAGUACGUCAGAUGAAAAAAACUGUCAAAAUUAAAAGAUAACUUAGUGACUUCAACCACAGCCUGAUGAAACGCCUUCAGAUCCUGCCUCUUGAUCAGAAACCAAUUAAAGAUGAUUAGCUGUGACUGUUAAGUUCUAAGUUACGUAAAAGAUCGUAUACAUGUGAUUGUAUAUAACUCAAGAACACCCGUAUGCGAGUUAUAUCAGAAAUAAACUAUAUGGCAUUAAUCAUAUAACGCAAGAGAAAACGCGUGUCACAUAAUCAAGAAACACCCUUUAACGUUCGUAAAGAAAUAACAGUUUUGGUGACUAAAAAAAACAACAAACAAACAAGAAUUAUCGGCGUCGAAGAUCUUAAGAAUAACGCAUGUCUUAUCAGUAAAUAGAGGCCGAACAAAAAGAAAAAAAAAACGUAUAGGACACUAGAGAUCCCUACGUCAUAGCUACUCUGUAUUUAGGAAUUAUAGAUGCGACUGUUAAUUUGUCUGAUUUCACUAAAUCAUUAAUGCUAGCCCAACUUCACGCUCUAAGAGCGUCUAGUUAUUAUAAAAUCUAACUCUUACGUAGAUGCUUCAACACUUAAACAGUGGAAUUAUUAUGGAGCCAAAAUUUAAGUUUGCGAGACAUCGUGUGAUAGAGCAGGGAGCCCAAUUCUUGCCAUGUAUGGAAUCAUGAAUAAGUUUAGAGUA